AUGGCCAAAAAAUCAGGCGUUAAAUAUAUCCUUAAUGUUGGUUAUGACCUAAAGUCAAAUCAAAUAGUAAUUGAACAAUUAGAACAAUUCCCUAAUCUAUUUGGAGCAAUUGGUUUACACCCCAAUGACGGUAAAAGUGAUUUUAGCGAAGAAAAUCUAAUUUUAAUGGAAAAACAACUAGUUAACAAAAAAAUUAUUGCCAUUGGCGAAAUUGAAUUAGCCAAAAAAUAUAAUCUGCCAGUUCUUUUGCAUAUUAGAGGAGAAGAAAAUGAAGAAAUAUUUAUCGAAGCUUUUAAUGAUGCCUACAGAAUAACCAAAGAAGCAAAGAUAGAAAAAGGCAUUCUUCAUUGCUUUACUGGAACCUGA